AUGGCUUCUAUCCCCAUCAAAUGGUCAAGCGCCGCUGAGAACGACAUUGCGCAGAUGACCGCAGCACAAUUCGGAGGGACAGACCCCCGCGUCUACCAUGAAUAUUUGGUGCAACAGUACUGGAGCAGCUACAAGACGUAUCCCUCUAUCAGCCAGGCUACUGUGGCGCGUCUACGACGGGGAGCACAUGUGGGCGGCUCAGACCCCAAUGCACCCGACCAUAUCACUGUGGCGUUCGAAUGGAAACGCGAGAAAUAUACCGUGCACAUCCCUACUGGCCGUUGA